AUGGGAGAUAUUUGGACAUGGCUCAUUUCCUUCUUCUUCCUCAUUGCCAUUGUCGGAAUCAUUGUCUAUCAGCUUGUUUGCUUAGCUGAUCUCGAGUUUGAUUACAUCAACCCUUACGACUCUGCGUCGAGGAUAAAUUCCGUGGUUUUACCUGAAUUCAUUGUUCAAGGAACUCUAUGCGUAUUCUACCUCUUUACAGGACACUGGGUCAUGACACUCCUAUGUCUCCCUUAUCUCUACUACAACUUCCAACUUUACUCGAAACGACAACACUUGGUAGAUGUCACUGAGAUCUUCAAUUUGCUUAACUGGGAAAAGAAGAAACGGUUGUUCAAGCUUGCGUAUAUAAUCCUAAACCUCUUUCUCACUAUCUUCUGGAUGAUUUAUUCGGCGCUGGAUGAUUACGAGGACUAA